UCUUCUUUAGGCAGGCCUUUGGCGAUCUGUCUAUUAAUCUGUGGUAUUGUGUGGGCAUUAGUGAGCGAUCAUAACAAUAAUACAAUCGUUUUGUUUUCAAGCUUACUAAUCAAGACACGUGCUUAGGAUUAUUAGUUUAUUUAUUAUAAAAAUGUGUGAGCAAAUAAUGUGAACAAAUAUUAAAAGUAAAAAAAUCUAAUUUUAUAUAUACCGAAUAAAAACAUUUUCGAAUUGAGAGAAUUUCUUAAGAAAAAAAGAAAAGAAACUUAUUACUCUGUCGUGUAAGAAAGUUUCUCACAUUUAAAGAAAGCUCAAUUAUAAAAAGUUAAUUGCUACAUUUAAUCUGUAGCUGAUGUUUUCGCGUAUUUAAUUGUUUACAUUUAAUAUAUCUCAACGUGUCAAGCGGCUUUUAUUUUGUUGCAUACGUACAUUGUACUUGAUAUAAAAAGAGUGUAUACUUUUUACAUUUGAUUUGAAAAGCUGUCAAGAUGAAGAAAUACGAAAAUUUCAAAAUAGGAAAAUAUGAGAUUUUAAAGCAGAUUGGAGAAGGGUCCUUUGGACAAGUGUAUAAAGCUAAAAAGCGUUCGGAUGGUGAAAUCGUGGCGUUUAAAAUGAUAAAAAAGUGUGGCAGAACAUUCAAAGAACUUAAGAGUUUACGUCAAGAGUGUGAGAUUCAACGUAAUUUGCAUCACCCCAAUAUUGUACAAAUGAUAGAUUCAUUUGAAACAGAGAAUGAGAUCGUGGUUGUCACAGAAUACGCAGAUAAGGAACUCUAUGACAUAUUGGACAAGAAAGGCAGAUUGUCUGAGGAAAGAACACAAGUAAUAGCUUGUGACUUGGUAUCUGCGCUUUAUUAUCUGCAUUCAAAUCGAGUGGUACAUAGAGAUCUCAAGCCUCAAAAUGUUCUCUUGGAAGCAAACGGUGUGGCUAAGCUAUGUGAUUUUGGAUUCGCUCGUAGCAUGAGCACCGGUACACAUGUACUUACUUCCAUCAAAGGAACACCAUUAUACAUGGCACCAGAACUUAUAGAGGAACAUCCUUAUGAUCAUAAUGCUGACUUAUGGUCUUUAGGUUGUAUAAUUUUUGAAUUAUUAGAGGGUUCUCCUCCUUUUCAAACCACUUCAAUACUGCAUUUGAUAAAGUUGAUCAGAUAUCAAGCAAUACAGUGGCCAGAUUUUAUUUCCCCAAAUUGCAAAAGCUUCUUACAAGGUUUACUUCAAAAGGCUCCAUCUGAACGAUUAACUUGGCCUGCUCUUCUUGAACACCCAUUUGUCAAAGAUCGAAUUAUAAUAGUAGAAGGCUCUGCAUCUACUCCAUUCACAACUCCGCUAUCUACAAGCCAAGAGAUAGCAAAACAGCAGCAAUUACAAAAUUUGGCAAUACAUGCUGUAAAACAAACCAAGGUUGCGAAGAAAGCAAUUCAGAAAAGAGAAGCUGAAAGGAAAUAUUAUCAACGGACAUGUUUUUCACAACCAGGUUAUCCAAUAUCCUUUGCUUAUUGUCACCAUGGGAUAACACACUGUCAAGCAUUACGUCGUAGCGAACCAAGCGGCACUGACUCCAGUGCCAGCAUUGACGUACUCUUGGGAAAUCUUAGUCUUAGGGCAUCUCUGAGAAGCGAUUUGUUAGCUGCAGAUCACGCUAUAUGUCAGAAUGAUUGUCCGCAUAAUGUAAAUGUACAUCACAACUUCCCAAUAGAGGAUCACUCAAACCCUGUUCAAACGCAAACGGAUGACAACCAUUCCGUACGACAGUUGAAUAGAGAAUUGCAUCACACUAAUGCACAAGGUGAUGGAGUCAAUGUAGGCCAACAAAUUGAAAAAUCUUCACAAGUGAAUCAAAUUGUUCAUGGUGAUGGUGAUUGCAAACAGAGUUGUUUAAGCAUUGAUUACGAGCAAGAAUUUGGUAAAAAAAAAUUGACUGAAAGAUAUACAAGAUGGCCGGAUUGGGAUCUAAGGACAGUAGAAAGACCUAUCGAAAACGAAGAGUGGGUUGCAUUUUUACAAAGAUCAAUGGAAGAAGUUAUGGAGGGCGAGAUCGACUCAUUGUUGCAACAAAAUUGCGUUUCAGUGUUCGUUUCUCCUCUGAGAAAUCCAGCAGCCGGUUGUCGAGUCAUUGAAUAUGUUGCUUGUUUAUUAUCUUUGCCAUUUACCGUGUCAAUCAGCAAGGAUAAUUUGAAGAAGAUCGAACGGGUCUAUUUAGAUGUAAGAGUGGUACCAAAUCUCGUUUAUGCUAUAAAGCUGUUAAUGUCAGAACGUUCCGACAGCGAAUCGAACACGGCAGAUUUAACGAACACGGGAACGAGAUCGGCGUCUUCUUUAUCCGCGGAUGAACUUGAAGCUCUUGAAUGUGCGAUGCUGGUCCUUUGUAGAUUAGUCUACAUCGAGGAUCAAUUCCUUAUGCAGUUUUGUGAUGCUAUUUACAUUGUGAAUGGAAUGCCACUUUUACAACAAUUGCUAGCUUUGGAGAAAAGGAAGGCAAGAGUUGUUGCAGAUCUCGUUGCGAUUUUAAAUAAUGUUUUACGUUCUCAACCGGAAAAUGCUGAACUUGUAGAACGAGUUGUACUGCGUGCGAAACCUUCUGGUGUUUUGGUGGAGCAGCUCAACAAACUUCUCAAUCAUCGACAAGCUGUUUUGCGAGCGAGAACAUGUAUUAUGAUCAGAUUUUUAGGUAGAUUUUGCUGUCGAGCACUACAACAAGUCUGGGAUAAAUCAUUAAAAAAUCUUAUUGAGGGUUUAAUCGAGGAUGAGGAUGAACAAGUACGACAUGCCGCAGAGGAUGCUGUAAAUGAACUGAAACAACUAACAUAUUACAAUCAAAAAAAUCCUGCCCAUUAAGUGCCUUAAGAUAAAAUAAAAAGACUAUUUUUAGAGGAAUCAAUUUUAAUGCUAUUGUCUAAUAUAUGUAUAAGCCUUAUAAUAU